AUGUUGCCUGCGCUCUCGAGGAACGAUCUCCGGGACAGCUCCUGGCGCGGCUACGGUCCAAGCGGGUUCUCGCACCCAAGCCACGCUCCAGCAAAUGACAACGCACCUGAACAACAGGAGCCAAAGGGGCCAUUCGACAAUCCGCUACCGGCCCCGUGGCGCGCACGAUUCACCCUGGUGCGGCGGCCGGCGGAGGGCGAAACAAAUAAAUUGAACACAAACAACGGUCCGGAAUUUCACUUCACCACCACGAAACCUACAGCGUCGGCGCAGCAUCAACUUGACAGAGAUCAUCGCGACGGAACAUCAAACAGCGGUUCGCGCGUCUCCCCAGCGGACAAAAUCACCCAAGAAAUCGAGUACUUCGUGCCCGUCUCCGAUAUCCCCCACGUGGGCAGUGUGCGGCUGGUUGCUAGCCGGUUGAAAGAACUGCAGGCGGAACGGAAUCGCCAAGGCGCGCAGCACGGGCAGUACCUGAUCACCUCACUGAAGCGGCCGGCGGGGCCUCCGCGCUUCGAAAUCGGCUGUCACGCGUGGACGCGGGACGCGGACGGAAACUCCUGGCGGGUGCGCAUCGUGGACAUUGAUCCGGUGUUCGGCCGCUACGACUGCAUCGUCCUAGACUCUUCGCGGACCAGGCUACUGCUGUUUGAAGCCGAGCUGAACUGCAGAAAAAAAGUUUCGGCAACGACCCAGUUCCUGGAGUCAAGCUUCGGAGUAGCACAGGACGCGCUUGGAAUCCUGUCUUGGACUGCAGCAUUACUGCAAGACCUGCCUCGGAAGUGGGCGCACGAUUACGUGGGUAGUAGCGCGUGAAGGGAAAAAAAAACUAAAAUGACUACGUUUCGUUUUCCAAAACACAGAAAAUCUUCCAUCGAUCGGCAUGAUUUGAUCGAUCGCCGCGAACUAGUUGGCUGCUAUGUGCCCUCUCUGCGCAUGUAUUCAUGCAGCGUGUUGUGAAGGAGCAACGCCUUUUUAAACAAGAGCCAGAUCUUCGCUUUUGUUCUCACCUUUACAGAUGCAAGAUAUAAGAAAUACUGUCUAUGAGCCUUAACCGAGAUCGAACUUUCACUUCUCUUUCGACAUACUAUCGAGUUCGACGAUACGACGCGUGUACGAUAGAGGACACGGGCUGAUAAGUAAACAUCUGGUUCAUAAACUUGUUAAUACGCAACUCUAUAACUAAGAGAGUCGAUCAGAAUUAAGUAACUAAACAUGAAACUAGACCACUAACUAGUAGUAUCGCUAUUGAAGAUGCUUACCACUUCAUCCUUACACAGAUACUGACAUGAAUCUUCCUG